UGCAGUAGUUUGUGUCUCUGCCCCUCCCACAAUGGGGAGAUUUAUCCCCAGUAGUUUGUGUCUCUGCCUCUCCCACAAUGAGAUUUCCCUGGAGUAGUUUGUGUCUCUGCCCCUCCCACAAUGGUGGGAUUCCCCUGCAGUAGUUUGUGUCUCUGCCCCUCCCACAAUGGUGGGAUUCCCCUGCGGUAGUCUGUGUCUCUGCCCCUCCCACAAUGGUGGGAUUCCCCUGCGGUAGUCUGUGUCUCUGCCCCCCCCACAAUGGUGGGAUUCCCCUGCGGUAGUCUGUGUCUCUGCCCUUCUCACAAUGGUGGGAUUCCCCCUGUAGUAGUCUGUGUCUCUGCCCCUCCCACAAUGAGGGAUUCCCCUGCAGUAGUCUGUGUCUCUGUCCCUCCCACAAUGGUAGGAUUCCCCUGCAGUAGUCUGUGUCUCUGCCCCUCCCACAAUGGUGGGAUUUUUUUCGCAGUACUCUGUGUCUCUGCCCCUCCCACAAUG